AUGGUCCUCGGUGGACCAAGCGGGUCGAAGGUCACUCCGUACCUGAUCUACCUUGUUUUUAUCACCACGUUGGGGCCACUUCAGUUCGGAUAUCAUUUGGCUGAGCUCAAUGCCCCCCAGGCCGUGAUCACCUGCGAGCGAAAAAGCAUUCAUUCGACAGCAACACCGGGCCUUCCGCAAUGCAUACCUAUGAACCCAUCCCAAUUCGGCCUGGUAUCCUCUAUAUAUACACUUGGUGGCUUGCUAGGAGCUCUCCUGGCGGGUCCAGUCGCCACCAAACAUGGCCGCUUGUUCACACUGCGAGCGACCACCAUCUUCUUCAUCCUAGGCCCUAUAGCGGAAACAUUUGCAUCCAAUAUACCCAUGUUGAGUCUAGGUAGGCUUUUAUCUGGUAUUGGCGCAGGCGCUUCCAUCGUCGUGGGUCCAAUAUAUAUCUCGGAGAUUGCUCCUCCCAGUGCUAAGGGGCUUUUCGGCGCUUUUACACAAAUCAUGACUAACGUCGGUAUUCUGCUGACACAGUCCCUUGGUUACUUCCUGAGUAAAGGAAGUAUGUGGAGAAUUAUACUUGCAAUUGCUGGCGCCAUCGGAUGUCUGGAGCUUUUCGGUCUCUUCUUAGUCCCGGAAAGCCCCAUCUGGCUUGCAGAUCAUCAGAAAGGGAAUGUGGCCAGACAGGUGCUACAGCGUAUACGGGGAAAGGAUGCAGACAUCGAGCCAGAGGUUGAAGGCUGGAGAACAUCUGCAACGCCUGAGCACAGCUCUGGGGAAGAGCAGUCCCUACUAUCACCCCCAUCUGGAAACAUGCCACCCAAACAACCUCCGGUUACCAUGAUGCGGGCUAUUACUGAUUCUUUUUACCGCCCUGCCAUCAUUGCAGUGGUUGGAGUCAUGGUUUCCCAGCAGUUCACUGGUAUCAACAGUAUCAUUAUGUACAGUGUCUCCCUUUUGCAGACCAUCCUUCCCACCACAGCGGCCCUGUUGAGUGUGAUCAUCUCGGCUAUCAAUCUUGUAAUCACCCUGGCCUGCUCACCACUGCCUGAUAAGAUCGGUAGACGCUCCUGCCUACUCCUAAGUAUCAGCGGUAUGGGCCUUAAUUCCGUCCUGUUGGCGCUAGGCAUCUACUUCAACCAGAAAGCUUUAUCCGCCAUAGCUGUUCUACUCUUUGUUGCUUGUUUCGCCGUCGGUCUAGGUCCAGUCCCUUUCAUUUUAGCCUCUGAGCUCGUUGGCCCUGAGGCGGUUGGCGCCGCACAGAGCUGGGCGCUGGGAGCGAACUGGAUUGCCACGUUCAUCGUGGCACAGUUUUUCCCGAUGCUGAACGAUUUGUUGGGUGGACGAGGCAGGAUCUACUGGAUCUUUGCAGCGAUGGCCUGUCUCCUUGGAAGCUUUAUCUACUGGUGGGUACCGGAGACUAAGGGGAAGGCUAACGCGGCCGAAGUUUGGGGAAGGACAGACCAGCGGAGACAGGAUUAA